CUGCUAACAAAAACUAUUGCCUUAGUGAAGUAUAUCGAGUGAAAUGUCGGGAAAAAAAUAUAUUCCUGUAGCAAGACCAUUAAACGAUGCAGUUGAAUCGGGAAAUUUAGAAUCAUUGAAAGCUUUGUUACAAAGUGGUGCUGAUCCAAACGAAAUCGAUGAAGAAGGCAUGGCACCACUAAAUCUCAUCUGCAAUCAGCUUCAAUUGACUGAUAUUCACUUGACAAUGAUGCAACAACUCAUCAAUUAUAAAGCUGACGUCAACAUCAACAAAAAUUUCGAAAGAAACAGUCCAGUUAUACAACUUUUCAGGGAUAAAAGAAGCGCCAAACUGCGUUACGAAGCGUUAAAGUUACUUUUAGAAAAUAACGCCGAUGCUAUGCAAACUGAUAGCUGGGGCGACAGACUGUUGGAUAUAAUUCUUUAUCAAACGAAGAGUACGAAUACUGUUAAAUUGUUGAAAUUACUGAUGACACACGGCGUAGACGUAAACAUUCCACAUAGCACAGGAUAUUAUCCUCUCACUCUCGCCUUUUAUUUUCCAACAAUAGAAGUAGCCGAAUUUUUAUUAAAAAAUGGCGCCGAUCCGAACCGUUACAACAAUCGUGAUGAUCCUGGAACAUUUUUAACACGCAUCUUUAGUAAAUAUCCCUUAACGUUUUCCGAUUAUGAAAAGAUUCAGCUCCUUAUCCAGUACAAAGCAGAUGUGAAUUUAAAAAUUCCGAUUGUGGCUCUAUUUAGAUGCAAAAGUUUUCGUAACGAUGCCGAUACAUUAUUGCGCAAAAUAGUGUUGAAAUUACUUCUAGAAAACAAUGCUGAUGUUUCAGCUACUUGUGAAUAUCAUGGAACAAUUCCAACUACUAUUCUUGGGAUGAAUAGUAAAGACAGUAUAGAAAUAAUCAAGUUGUUGCUAAAAUAUGGAAUGGAUGUAAACUUGAAAGAUAAUUGGGGUCGAACUCCAUUGCAUAUAGCUGUUAAACGAGCACGUCUAGAAGAGAUAGAAUUUUUAUUACUUCAUGGAGCGGAUCCCAAUAUUGUUGAUGAUUAUGGUAAUACACCAUUAAACGAAGUCUGUGUAAAUCAUCAUAUAACAAAUGAAUACUUGCAAGUAAUACAAUAUCUCCUCCGCUAUAAAGUUGACAUGAACAUUCAAAAUAACAAAGGAAAUACUCCAAUAAUAAGCCUAUUUUAUAAAAGAUCAGAAUAUCAAUUGUGCUAUGAAGUAUUAAAAUUACUUUUGGAAAACAACGCCAAUAUUUCACACCUAAACAAUGAGGGCAAGACUGUAUUACAUGUGAUCAUUCAAAGUACAAAAGCACCAAAUUUUUUCAAUGAGUAUAAAUCCAGUAUUGCAGAAAUUUAUCAAUGUAUGGAGUUCAUUAUACAACGUGGUUUAGACAUUAAUGUUCAAGAUAGGGACGGACUUUCUCUUCUUAACGAAGCUGUUUCAUAUUGUAAUUUAGAUUUAGUUAAAUUUCUUUUAAAUCAUGGGUCUCAAGUAUCUACUGCUCAGUUCCAAGGUGGCUAUUUUCAAAGUCAAAAUGCCAUUUUAACAGACUUAAUGAUGACUCAAAAUAUUCUUGCCAUAAUUGAUAUUUUAGAAAAUAAGGGCUUUGAAAUGACAAAUGAUCAUUUUUUAUCAGUAUUCAAAUUUUUAAUAGGAUACUAUGUGCCUAUACAGUCAUCUGCAUUAAGAAAAGCUCUGGAAACAGGAUUUACUCUUGAUAUUAGCAACUACAUUAAAAGUAAGCAAACACAUAAAUAUGAAUUGGAUACAAUUUUUAAUUACAUGUACUUGGCAGAGUAUGGAAUGAUUUAUAAGGAUGAAAAAACAUAUGAAAAUUUGUUAAGUAUUUUGAAAAGUUUAGAUUCCAAGAAUUAUUUAUAUGACGAUAUCUUAAAGACAAAAGAUAUUAAAAAAUAUAUUAAGAAAGCCAAAAAAGUUAUGGUUGGCAAAAAAACAACUCUUCUACAAAUUUUUACUUCUAGUCCAGAUGAAACAUACUUACUAUUGAAAAAUUGUGACUAUCAGUCAGUCAUAAAUUCUGAACAAUUUGAAGAAACUUUUAAAGGAAUCUCGAGUAUUUUAAAGGGGCAUAUUAACAAGAGUUUAGUUCGAGAAUUUGCAAAAAAAGUUUCAUUAAACCCUUUAAAACAAUUAACUCAAGGUUUACCUUAUGUCUGUUGUGAAUACAUCAUAGAAUAUUUAAACAACAAUGAGUUAUGCUGCAUGUAUGAAUCGCUUUAUGUACGUUAGAAGCUAAUUAAAAAUAAAUAUUAUACUGUGUGUGCAGAGUAAGUGUAAUAAAAUUAUUUUCACAAUGAUGUUAAUUUAUCGUGAAUGUAUAAAUACUCUGUGGUGAUGCAUUUAAUAUAUAAUACA